GCAGCCCAGGGAGGGAGCAGGAAGGAGGGGCCCUGGGUCUGGAAGGGAGAGCAGAGCAGGCCUCUCCUCUGACUGAACCUGACAGGGCAGGGCACCUCCCCGUGGCAAGAGCUGCCCACUCUGAAACCAUGAGCACCACCACCGGCAGCCCAGAAGCUGCCUCCAAACCAAGUGCUAAGGCCAUUUAUGAGCAGAGGAAGAGGUACUCCACUAUGGUGAUGGCCGACGUGUCUCAAUAUCUAGUCAACCACCUGGUGACAUUCUGCCUGGGCGAGGAGGAUGGCGUGCACACCGUGGAGGACGCCUCGCGCAAACUGUCUGUCAUGGACAGCCAGGGCCGCGUCUGGGCCCAGGAGAUGCUGCUGCGAAUAUCUCCCGAUCACGUCACUUUGUUGGACCCCGUCUCCAAGGAGGAGCUGGAGUCGUACCCCCUGGGCGCCAUCGUGCGCUGCGACGUGGUGAUGCCGCCGGGCCGGAGCCGCUCGCUGCUGCUGCUGGUGUGCCAGGAGCCAGAGCGUUUGCAGCCCGACGUGCACUUCUUCCAGGGCCUCCGUCUCGGGGCGGAGCUCAUCCACGAGGACAUCCAGGGGGCUCUGCACAGCUACCGCUCUGGCCUUGGGGAUCGCCGGGCAGCGGCGCUCAAGGCCACGCAGGAGGAACUGCUGCGCCGCCCCUCGCCCACCCCGGAGACCCCGCCCUUGCAGCGCCACCCGUCGGUCCGCGCAGCCAUCGGCCCGGCGGAGUCGGCCACGGGCCGAAGGGGACCCCAGACAGAGCCCAUCCCUGAGGCAGACACGGCGCCGAGGCAGGGCGGGGCGGAGACUUCCAGGAGCACUGACCCGGCCUCCCCGGACCUGGGUCCCCAAGGCCAGGACCUGCUCACUCUUCAAGCUGAACGGGACGUGGACAUCCUGAACCACGUGUUCGACGACGUGGAGAGCUUCGUAUCGAAGCUGCAGAAGUCAGCGGAGGCGACCAGAGUGCUGGAGCACCGGGAGCGCGGCCGCAGAGCCCGGCGCCGAGAGGCCGGGGAUGGCCUCCUGACGCUGCGGGCUAAGCCGCCCAGCGAGGCGGAAUACACCGACGUGCUUCAGAAAAUCAAGUACGCCUUCAGCCUGCUGGCGCGGCUGCGCGGCAACAUCGCCAACCCCUCCUCCCCAGAGCUGCUGCACUUCCUCUUCGGACCUCUGCACGUGAUUGUGGAGAUGUCGGGCGGACCCCAGCUGGCGAGCAGCGUGCGGCGGCCGCACCUGACGUCUGAGGCCGUAGCACUACUGAGGGACAAUGUCACCCCAAGUGAAAAUGCGCUCUGGACCUCGCUGGGGGACUCUUGGACCCGCCCGGGGCUGGAGUUGCCCCUGGAGGAGGGAACCCCAUACGUCCCGGAGUUCUACAGCGGCUGGGAGCCCCCCGCCACUGACCCGCAGGGCCGCCCCUGGGAGGACCCAGUGGAGAAGCAGCUGCAGCACGAGAGGCGGCGCAGGCAGCAAAGCGCCCCCCAGAUCGCUGUCAAUGGUCACCAAGAUCCGGAGCCAGAAGCUGAGCCCCAGCCAGAGCCGGAGGCAGCAGGGAAGUGGGUCCUGUGUAAUUAUGACUUCCAGGCCCGCAACAGCAGCGAGCUAUCCGUCAAGCAUCAGGACGUGUUAGAGGUUCUGGAUGACCAGCGCAAGUGGUGGAAGGUUCGGGACCAGCGAGGGCAGGAAGGAUAUGUACCUUAUAAUAUCCUGUCACCUCACCCGGGGCCCCAGGGGGGCCGGAGCCAGAGUCCUGCCCGCACCCUGGAGAAUAGCACUCCCCCUCCUCCACCGGCCCCUGCCCCAGCUGCGGCCCCCGCCCCUGCUCGGCCCCACUGGGACAGCUGUGACAGCCUCAACAACUUGGACCCCAGCGAGAAGGAGAAAUUCUGCCAGAUGGUCAGUGUCAAUGAGGAGCUGCAGGCGCGCCUGGCUCAGGGCCGCUCGGGCCCCAGCCGCACAGCCCUGGGGCCCCGCGCCCCAGAGCCGCAGCUCAGCACACGCUCCAACGCCUCAGAGGUCCGCGCCUGGCUUCAGGCCAAGGGCUUUAGCUCCGGGACGGUAGACGCGCUGGGUGUGCUGACAGGCGCGCAGAUCUUCUCGCUGCAGAAGGUGGAGUUCAAAGCGGUGAGCCCCGAAGAGGGAGCCCGUGUGUACAGCCAAAUCAUGGUGCAGCGUGCGCUGCUGGAGGACAAAGAGAAAGUGUCAGAGCUGCAGGCGGUGAUGGAGAAGCAAAAGAGGAAGGUGGAAGGCGAGAUACAAACAGAGGUCAUUUGACCCUUCCCCGCCCUCCGCUGUAUCCAGACAGCGGGGUUCCCCGUGCCCUGUGGAAGAUCAACGGACUCUGCAGACCCCCCACCAAGGGAAGUGGACUCCCUCUUGAAGGAUCGCGGACCUGGUUUUUCCUCAUUCCAGUGGAUGAAAUGGACCAUUCUUCCUGGAGUCUGAGCAAGCGCUCGCAGCCUGGCAGGGAGCGGGAAGGGGGCAGGGCAGAGAGACAGUGUAGACUAUGCUCACUGGGCACCUCGGCAGAGGGUACGCUCAGGAGCCCUGCAUAUUGUGAUGUGCUGCCCAGUCUAUAAACAGCCUCCUCCUCAGGCCGUGUCAACUGUUGUCCCUUCUCUAUCCAGCUACCGGAAGCUCAGGAACCUGCCCCUCACCCCACCUACAGCUUCAUCUAGGAAACGUCCCCGCCUUCUUUGGUUUCUUUCUCUGAAUCCUCUUCUUACCUGGAGCCCCAACCCAGGCUUCUUCCUGACCUCCAGCCCUCCAGUUCACUCCAGAAGGAUCUUCGGAACACUCAGUAUCCCAGCCCAUCGCUUGCUCACAAUCUUUCUCUGGCUCCCCACUGCCCUCUUAGCCCUACAGCCUGGUAUUUGAGGCCCCAAGUGGUUUAGACCCUACCCACCUCUUCAACCUCAUCUCUUCCUCAUUCUUACAUGCACUCUGGUCCUGCCCUUCUCCAAACAUUCCCCAAACCUCUUCAACCACUGGGGUUUUGCAUCUGCUGGUUCCUGCUGCAGGAACAGCAAUUCUCUCUCUGCCUUGGCGAUCUGGCCUUCCAAAGCCAGAUCAAUGACUCACGCUGGGGAAGGAAGCUGCCCUCAACCCCCAGGUCAGCCUCCCAGCAUCCACUUUCCCACUGCUCCCCGCCUCCUGCCAGCGGUCCAGCCACGGAGAAGUGGCAGCCUCAUGAAGGUGCCACAGGCUUCCUGGCCACUUGAAGAGGUGACAGCUCAAAAGGAAGCGUCCUACCUCCUCGAUCACAGCCAGCUCCUUUUCCUUCCCGCCAGCCAGGUUCAGACUGGACGUUCCUCCAGCUUCGGGCAGACGGCCCACGGCUCCUCCUGUUCCCGACACAAUUCCUGCUGAGGGCUCCCUCGGAGCUCAGCUUCCACCUGUGUCACCAGAUGGCCUGUGGCUGGCCCAGUUCACACCAUUCUUUCCUCCUGGAAACACCCUCUGCCCCCAUGGGUGUCUAACCCUUCAACCUCUUAUCUGGUGCCCCAACCUUCACUUCUAAGAGGAACCAGAGAUGCAAUCAGAUCCAACCACAGUUUUCCCUCCUCAAUAAAUCCUCACCUUGUCAUCA